GUCAUCGGUCAUCGUCUCUUUAGGAACGUAAAUAGACAAAAACAACCGAUUUUCCACGACUUUUUCGAAAUUUUGUUCUGGUUUUCUUUAGUGCAGGAAAAAUGCCACGCGUUCGAAACCACAGCCCGAUCAAUCGAUCCAGAUUUGGAGCUCGAAAAUCUCCCGAUCGAUCUCGUGUCCGCCACCGUUCUCCUUCCAUGGAACCAAUGGAACGAAGCCGCCUCGAGCGACGGUCGUCUCGCAGGUCUGAAAUGAAUCGAGUUCGACCGCGAUCGCCCUCACCUCCGAAUUGCGCCGGAUACUCUCAGUGGUUCUGCCUGGGGGUGUUCGGCAUGAGCAAUCGGACAACGGAAGGUGAUCUUCGACGGAUCUUUCGACGCUACGGUCCGAUCGAGCGGGUCAGGGUUGUGUACGACCCGAUGACACGGGAAUCGCGAGGAUUUGGAUUUGUGUACCUUCGCCACAGGAAGGACGCACUGAUUGCCAGAGAUCAAUGCGACGGGAUGCUGUUCGAUAGACGCCACAUACGGGUGGACUUAUCCAGGACGGGAAAGCCCCAUUCACCGACCCCGGGCCAGUACUUGGGGCCGGAGAGAAGGGUUAAGCGCGAAAGGAAGCCACAAGAGAGAAGGAGCGUAUUCGAUUGCCGUGUAGUUCGGCGGAUCCCAACGGAACGUAAAUUCCCAUCGCCAUUGGUUCCUUUUGUACAUCCACGUUUUCGCCCAGUUGGAUCAAGAUCGGGGUCUUCUGAAUGCUAACUGGUGGAACGGGGGAGUGAGUGGCGAAUCGCUGGUGCAUAGUGCUUGAAUAAGAAUUUGAAAGAGAAAGAUUUCUGCUGGUAAGUGAUAUCUUAUUUUGUUAUUUUCUCGCAUAUGAAAGCAAUUUGAAAUGGGUAACCUGUUUUCUUUAACAAUAUUUGAGAAUGUAAUAAAA